AUGGAUUCGUUUGCCAUUGUUGGAAUUGCAUUCAAUCUUGCCCAAGAUGUGGACCGCGAGGAUCGCUUGUGGGAAGUUAUGGAGACGAGGAGUAAUCUCUCGACAGAAUGGCCUGCGGAUCGCGCAAACAUCGAAACAUACUUCAAUGAUGGGUCGUCACAAGCAGGUACGCUUCAUGCUCGCGGUGCCCAUUUCAGUCACGCCGAUUGGACUGCCUUCGAUGCUCCAUUCUUCUUCAUUACUCCUCACGAAGCUGCAACCAUGGAUCCUCAGCAGCGGUGGGCUCUGCAGACUGUUUAUCACGCUUUUGAGAAUGCAGGCAUUCCAAUGGAGAGCCUACGAGGGUCUCGCACAGCAGUGUUUGGCUCGUGUUCCGACGACUUUCCGCGCUCCAUGACUCGAGAUUUGGAUGCAGCACCGCGGCUGACGCUGACAGGCACAGAUCCGUCUGUCCUAGUUGGCAAGGUCAGUUGGUUCUUUGAUCUGGCUGGCCCAUGCCUGAACAUCAACACAGCAUGUUCUAGUAGCCUUAUUGCUUUAGAUUACGCUUGCAAAGCCAUGCAAGCCGGAGAUGCAUCAGCUGCUGUCGUGCUGGGCUCCAAUUUCAUGUUGAACCCAGAUGCUUCCACCAUCUUAUCCAACCUGAACUUCCUAUCGCCGGAUAGUGUAUGCUAUUCUUUUGACGAGCGCGCCAACGGCUAUGCUCGUGGCGAGGGAAUUUUGGCCAUGGUUGUGAAACCCGUCGAGAACGCAAUAAGGGAUGGAGAUGUUAUCCGCGCGGUCAUAAGAGCCACCGGAGCCAACCAGGAUGGGCGUACUCCUAGUCUCACACAGCCGAACCCAGACGCCCAAGAGAGCUUAAUACGCCACGUCUAUCAAAAGGCAGGACUGGGCUUUAGUCAGACCAGAUAUGUUGAGGCACACGGAACUGGCACCCCAACUGGCGAUCCAAUCGAGGCGACUGCAAUUGGACGCGUCUUCGGUGAGCACGGCUCGGCACAAGAUCCAAUCUUCAUCGGUUCGAUAAAAGGAAAUAUUGGCCAUGUCGAAGCAGGAAGCGGUCUGGCUGGCACGCUAAGAGCUGUGCUGGCAGUUGAGAAAGGUCUUAUUCCACCACAAGCCCUAUUCAAAACUAUGAAUCCAGCCAUCAACAGUGAUCUGUACCACCUGGACGUGCCGAUAAGCUGUAUACCGUGGCCUAGGCGGCUCAGUGUUCGCCGUGCAUCUGUCAACUCGUUUAGUCUGGGAGGCUCAAAUGCUCAUAUAGUUCUUGAUGACGCCCUGAGUUUUCUAAGCAAUCGCGGACUGCAUGGAUAUCAUAACUGCACCAUGUAUGCGGAUGACCUCGGCGAGAACACCGUCAUCAACGGUACUACGUACUCAUCCAAUGAGAGUAUCACCAAAAUCUCCACCACUCUCCACACAGAAGAGAUAAACACAAAAGAGGCCCGCUUGCUGGUCUGGUCUGGCGCCGACCCUGGAGCAAUAGACCGCUUCGCACAUGUUUACAAAUCCUACCUGAAACGAAAAGUGGGCAGGUCGCAUCGAAAGCUGGACCAACUGGCAUAUACUCUCUCAAAUCGGCGAAGUCGGUUGCAAUGGAGGUCGUUCGCCAUAGCGAGCGCCGACAACAUAAUUUCGGAUGACGGCACGGUGUGUCUUGCAUUGACAAAGCCAACGAGGCUGCCAACUGAACAAUCAGUUGCAGCAUUUGUCUUUACAGGACAAGGGGUACAAUAUCCCUCCAUGGGUAUCGGACUUCUAUCAUACAAGGUUUUUGCCGAUACUUUACAGCGCAUUGACAGCAUCCUCUCUUCGUUUGGAUCAACUUGGAAGUUGUUAGAUGUGCUACAGGACCACCAAUUGUUGCACUCCCCUCAGUUCAGUCAGCCUCUGUGCACUGCGGUACAGAUUGCCCUUGUAGAGCUCUUGAGGAGUGUACAUGUGACGCCCUGUGCGGUCAUGGGUCAUUCAUCCGGCGAAAUCGCCGCCGCUUACACCGCCGGUGCUCUGUCCCUAGAGUCGGCAUGCAAGGUCGCAUAUUACCGAGGCGUUGUUUCCGAGAGGCUCAAGUCAGCAUCAGUUGCGACGCCAGGCGCUAUGAUUUCUGUGAGUUUGGAGAGUGCCAGGGUUCAUGAAUACCUCCAAAGCAUGGGUAUUGAUAACAACAUCGCAUCGUCUGUCCAUGUGGCGUGUGUGAACAGCCCAACAAACUGCACAUUGUCUGGAGACGAGCAUCUCAUUGAUCUAAUUAAAGACCAUAUGGAUGAAGACCAACUAUUUGCUCGCAAACUGAAUACUGGAGUGGCCUACCAUUCACCUGCGAUGAAGAUGGUGGCAAAAGAAUACGCAGAAUUGCUGGGACAGCUCGAUCCUGGAACUGGGGCGGGGAGGGGUCAGACAACAAUAGCUUCAUCAGUUACUGGAAGAUUGAUGGCCGAUCCUUCAUGCUUCUCUUCUGCUCAGUAUUGGGUAGAUAAUCUCAUCUCACCAGUUCUAUUCGCUGACGCGCUCAAAUCUCUUGCUGUCAAAGGAGGAUUGGAUCUGGGCUUAAAAAACAAUCAAUCAAUUACCGACUUUAUUGAAGUUGGCCCUGAUGCAGCGCUGAGACGAUCUAUCAAAGAUACUUUGGAAGCAAUUGGUACUUCUGGGUCCUCCUAUAAAGGAAGUGCCGAAGCAACAGAGCCAAAGUCCAUCACUAGCGCCCGUUAUCACUCCGUGCUUCACCGAUCAAAGCAGCCCCUUGAUAGUCUUCUAUACCUGCUAGGCAAUCUAUUCUGCGUUGGAUAUCCUGUUUCUAUUGAAUUAGCGAACCAUCACGAUGCGAAUGCAUUCCCACCGCCACUAGUGGAUUGCCCUCGCUACCCAUUUGAUUUGACAAAGAAGUACUGGUACGAGGGACGAAUCAACAAAGAUACGAGGCUUCGUCCUCAAGCCAAGGGCGUCAUGAUUGGAAAGAGAUCACCCAAUUGGAAUCAGCUGCGACCAACCUUCCGCAACUGGCUCGGAAUCGACGCAAUGCCGUGGCUAGAGGAACACUGCAUUAGCGGCAAAGUUGUCUGCCCUGGCAUGGGCAUGAUUGUGAUGACAUUAGAAGGACUAAAACACCUGGUCGAAAUGAAUGCCAAGACGACAUCUGCACCCAUAUCCGGCUUUCAGUUUCAAGAAGCGCACUUUCUAAAACCGAUUCCAGUGUCCGAAGACAGCCGGCAAAAUACCGAGGUCUCCUUAUACCUAAGACCAAAGCAGGAGGUCUACGAAAAGGAUAUUUCAUGGUGGGAGGCUGCUCUCUUUGCUUAUAACGGCAGCAACUGGACCGAAUGUUUCCAAGCUGUUGUUCAAGUGCAACUUGAGCAGACCUCGACAGAAGUCGAUGGCGGAAGAGAGCGACGAGAAGAGACGGCCAAGUAUCGCAAAUUCCAGGACGAAGCUACAGACUCCUGUGACAAGGAAGUGAAUUCAGAAGCCUUCUACCAAUAUCUCCGCCACUAUGGAAUGGCGUACGGGCCGUCCUUUAGCGUAUUGCGUCGCAUCUUUUGGGAUGGCCUGGCUACGUCACAGGCUACAAUCCCUCAUGACUUAAUGCUCGAUUCUGGAGAGGCUAGCCCCAUACAUCCGGCCGUGCUAGAUGCAGCAAUUCACUUCCCCCUUAUUCAGAUUUCCAAAGGAUUGUCAAUACCAUUGGAUACCUAUGUCCCACAAGAGGUGUACGGCCUGUGGAUGUCAGCGAAGCCCUGGAAAGUGCCCGAUAGCUCUGUUGUUAUUACCACUACUGUCGACUUUUCUCGACCAUCCGCUUUGGAAGCCAGCAUCAGUGUCUUCAACGAAGAAGGGACCAUGCUCAUGUCACUAGAACGUGGCCUUCUAGCAAGCGUAUCAUCAAAUGAUGAGCCAAAACUCGGCGAGGAGCAGCCGAGGCUCAUAUACAAGAUAGAGAGACUGCCCCUAUUGAGUCAGCUGACGCCGGCAGACCUACAGGUCACUUGCGAGCCAGAGCCAUACCAACAGUCCGAGAUGGAAAAAAGCUGGUCUGAUAGACUAGAAGCAGCACUUAUCUCUUCUGCUCAACAUGCUCUCUACCGACUCUACAGUUCAGGGUUCAACAUCACGUCCGCACCAGCACAUUUACAGACAUUUAUAAACGUGCUGCAACGCAACUACGGCCCAAACAGCGACCAUAAAAAUGGAUAUAUUGAUCAAGAGCUAGCGAAAUGCCUAGAAUACAGCCCUUCAUGGGGGCUCUACACGCAAGCCGGCCGCUUUUUAGAACUCCUACUUCGGAGCGAGGCAGAUCCUUUGGACCUUUUGGUUUCCUCUGAAGUUGCAGGCCGUUCCUAUGCUUUGCUAUUCGACAAUGCAGCUGACGAUCGACUGUUCCGAUUCCUGGAGUUGGCAUCGCAUGAAAAUCCCGGCCUACGUAUUCUAGAGGUCGGCUCCGGUUCUGGUGGUCUAACAGGACAUGUGCUGUCCCAUCUAGAACAGCUCGAAAAGCGUGUUGGCUCCAUGCGAUUCUCACGGUACGUCUUUACGGAUAUAUCGCCAGCAUUUUUCGAAGCCGGGAAAACAAAGUUUGCCCGCUUUGGGAACCGUUUAGACUUUCAAAAGUUGAAUAUUGAAAAGGCAAUCGAUACGCAAGGUUUUGCGCUGGAGUCAUUUGAUUUGGUAUUGGCCGGCUGCGUUCUCCAUGCCACGUCCAAUAUUGCCGAGUCUAUGGGUAACGUUCGAAAACUCCUGCGGCAAGGAGGACAUUUUGUCAAUCUCGAAAUCACACAGACCAAUCUAGCUAGGUCCUUGGUGGGCUUCGGUUCUCUGCCGGGUUGGUGGCUAUCGACCGAGGAUUGGCGCCAAAACGGGCCGUUGAUGUCGAAACAGACGUGGGACAGGGUCAUGAAGAAGACUGGGUUCUUUGGUAUAGAGGCAACGUGGGAUGAUGGUGAAGGCGGCUGUAUAAUGAUUACGCAUGCCACAGCAGAAUCCACUUCGGAGCCUUCCGAGCAGCUGGGUUUCAGCAACAAGAGAACUCUGACCAUUGUUGUAUUAGACAAUUUUUCCGAAUUGCAACAAAUUAUUGCCGACCGCAUUUAUCAAUGGUCUGGUUUAGGGUCGCGAAUAAUAACACUUGGUGACGUCGGCGAUGUAGAGUGGAAAGAAGACGACAUUGUCCUUUCACUCAUCGAACUAGGAGAACCUCUUCUGGUGGCACCGACAAGUGAAGUGUUUGAGAAUAUUCGCACAAUGAUCAAGAAUACGCAGAAUCUUCUCUGGGUAGCUCUACCUAACCUUUCCACCCCCCCCUCAUCGACAGGUGCAGUGGAUCCGCGAUUUGAGGCGGCAUUGGGCUUUCUCCGAACGAUUCGAUACGAGGAACCGUCCAAAGAGAUCGUGACCUUAAGCUGUUGCAACCGCGUAACCCUUUCAGAGGCAAAUGUGGUGCGUUUCAUCAAAGACAUUCUUUGUAAAUGCUUCCGACCGCAAAACCCGUCUCGCGAAAACGAAUUCGUCAUUGAAAAGAAUACUCUCUGCGCCGACCGCCUGAUCUAUGACACGGAACAGGAGGAAGACAGGCUCGGGCGGAUUUUCCCAUCUUUGCAGCCGGAGCAGACUCUGGGCAAUGCGCCGCCCACGAUCCUGUCACCUGGCAGCCCUGGCAUGCUCAACACCCUCAGGCUAGUGGAAACGGAGGUACCUGUGCAAAUGGCCUCCCAGAUGGUUGAGAUUGAGUGCCGCGCAUGGCCGGUGUCCUUCCGUGACGUCCUGAUUGCCCUGGACCGCUACGGCGACCAAAACGAUACGAGCGGGAUGGGCUGGGAGCUGGCCGGCGUGGUCUCCAGAGUCGGGCCAGGAGUCUCCGAGUUCAAGCCAGGAGAUCGCGUCUGCACUGGCGAAGUUGCUGGCAUGAGGAGCCACGUUCAAGUAAAGGAGAACAUGGUCUUCAAGAUCCCAGACGGCAUGUCGUUUGCCCGAUCAGUUGCAGCUCUCAACCCUCUUAUGACAGCUCACCACAGUCUGGUGAAUGUCGCGCGACUGAAAAGGGGCGAGACCAUUUUGAUCCAUGCCGCGGCGGGGAGUACAGGUCAAAUGGCUGUCUGCAUCGCACAGCGUAUUGGCGCGCAGGUGUACGCAACAGUCGGCUUCGACGACAAGAAGAAGCUGCUCAUGGAGGAGUUUGGUAUCCCGGAGAGCCACAUCUUUUACAGCCGCGAUACGUCGUUCAAGCUGGGCAUUCUGCGCGAGACGGCAGGCCGGGGCGUUGAUGUCGUUUUGAACUCCCUCUCAGGGGAUAAGCUAAAGGCGUCAUGGUCCUGCAUCGCACCCUUCGGCAGAUUCAUCGAGAUUGGCAAGGCAGACAUCGGCGCGGGCUCCAGCCUGCCCAUGUCGCACUUUGCCAAAAACGCGACCUUUUCUGCUGUUGAUCUGGCGCACCUGGGUGCCGACGAUUCAGAGGCAUUGAGAGACUUGACGAAGACGGCGGUCGACCUGCUGUUCCAUACCAAUGUCGGUCAGUACCCAAAACCAGUGCAUUUAUUCCCGGUUGCGGAAUCAGAAAAAGCAUUUCGGUUCAUUCAAAGCGGAAAGAAUACGGGCCGCACCAUCAUCACUCUUGAUCCUGAAGACAGUGUUUCGAAAUUCAUGGUGAAACGAGCCAGUUGGCGAUUCCCCAAGAGCGCCACCUAUAUUAUUGUAGGCGGUUUAGGCGGAAUUGGCCGAUCUCUCAUCCACUGGAUGUUUGAGCGAGGGGUACGAUAUUUCAUAACGCCCACGCGAUCAGGCAUCAAAUCGAAAGCCGUGUCGUCCUUUGUUUACAGCCUCGAGCGACAAGGCGCCGUCAUCAUCACCACGCCGUGCGACGCCAGCUCAAGGGACGGGCUUGCCGUGCUGCUGGACAAGCACAGAGACCUCCCGCCCAUCAGGGGGUGCAUCAAUGCCGCCAUGUCUCUUCACGAUUCCAUGUACUUCAACAUGACGCACGAGCAAUGGCAGAAGUCGCUGCGGUCCAAGAUUGACUCGUCGUGGAAUUUGCAUCAACUUUUGCCAGCGAACUUGGACUUUUUCAUUCUGCUCUCCUCUGUGUCGGCAGUGUACGGGUCGCCCGGCCAGUGCAACUACGCAGCUGCUUGCUCGGUGCAGGAUGCGUUGGCCCGUCAUCGUAUCGCUGUCGGCCGCCGUGCUAUCAGCCUGAAUCUCGCGCUGAUUCGAGACGCCGGCGCCAUGGUGGACCAUGACGACUUCAAGCUGAGCGCCAACACCAUUCGCGACGCCAAAAAGGUCUUUUGUAGAGACAUACUCGCUGUGCUCGACCGGUACUGCGACCCUGUGAAUCUAGAGAGGUGGGAUAACGAUGUGCAGAUUCUCGUGGGCGGGGUGUCUCCCUCGGACUGGAAAACGGCGCAUCUGUUGCCUUCGCACAUCCAAGGCCGGCCAUUCUUUGCUGGCUUCCCCGUGGCGACUGAGAAAGACGCUCUCUCUCGCAGGUCAGCCAACGAAUCAGCUCUGCUAUUUCGGCGGGCAACAUCCAGCUCUGCUAAGCGAAGCGUUGUGCUAGAGGCCAUCGUUCACAAAUUGGCAGACGCCUUGUGCGUUUCGAAGGAAGAGCUUGACGAUCGGAACCCAUUGUCUGCCUACGGUGUUGACUCCCUUAUGGCGGUGGAGCUGCGAAAUUGGUUCAAGAAGGACUUUGAAGCACCUGUGACAGUGUUCGAUAUUAUGGGAAGCAACAGCUCCAUCUCUACAGUUGCUGAUUUAGUUGUUCAAGCAUCCAAACAAUCCGAUGCAGAUGUGUAG